AUGUCGGACUUGUCUUUGCAGAUCUUGAAAGCGGUGGACCAGCACAAUGGCAUCGCCAACACGUUGGAGCUCGCCGAGUUCAAGCACAUCGACGUCAACACGUUGCAGGCGUCGUUGACGUCGCUCUGGGCGAAAGAAAUGAUCAACUUCAAGAAGCUCGAGAGCGACCUCUGGAGCUUGACCCGCGAGGCCGAGGAGUUCCUCGUGUCGGGGUCGCACGAAAUCAGGCUUUUGGACGAGGUGAUGAAGUCGCUCGAGGGCUUGAAGAUCGCCGACGUCAACGCCAGGUUGGGCCAGGUGGGCAAGUUGGGCCAGGGCAAGGCGUUCAAGAACGGCUGGAUUUCCAAGGACGGCGACCGCUUGGUGGCCGCGGUGGGCGCGUUGCCGCGCGACGCGGUGGUGGAGCAGUUGCGCGAGGUCAAGAGAACCGGCGGCUUGGCCGACAAGAAGGACUUGGCCGAGUUGAAGAAACGCAAGUUGCUUUCGUUGUCCAAGAUCGUGGGCUACCACGUGACCAAGGCGCCCCGGUUCGCCUUGUCCAUCGCGCGCGUCGAGACGGACAUCACCUCGGACAUGGUGGCCAGCGGCAGCUGGAAGGACGCGGCGUUCAAGCCCUACAACUUCAACGCCGAGGGCGCGUUCCCCGUGUCCGGCGCGUUGCACCCGUUGAUGAAGGUGCGCGAGGAGUUCCGCCAGAUCUUCUUCUCCAUGGGCUUCACGGAGAUGCCCGCCAACCAGUACGUGGAGUCGGGCUUCUGGAACUUCGACACCUUGUUCGUGCCGCAGCAGCACCCGGCCCGCGACUUGCAGGACACCUUCUACUUGAAGGACCCGGCCGUGGCCAAGGCGCCGGAGGACACGCAGUACUUGCGCGACAUCCAGGCCGUGCACCAGGACGGCAAGUUCGGCUCCAUCGGCUACCGAUACCCGUGGCGGCAGGACGAGUCGCUCCGCAUGGUGUUGCGCACACACACCACGGCCAUUUCCGCGGCCAUGUUGAAGAAGUUGGCCGAGGACCCCAAGCCCACGCGCUUGUUCUCCAUCGACCGCGUGUUCCGCAACGAGGCCGUGGACGCCACGCACUUGGCCGAGUUCCACCAGGUGGAGGGUGUGCUUGCAGGGUACGACAUCACCUUGGGCGACUUGAUCGGCUUCAUGGAGGACUUCUUCUCCAAGAUGGGCGUGGACGGCUUGCGUUUCAAGGCCGCCUACAACCCGUACACGGAGCCCUCCAUGGAGAUCUUCGCCUACCACAAGGGGCUAGGUAAGUGGGUGGAGAUUGGCAACUCGGGCAUGUUCAGGCCGGAGAUGUUGGCGCCCAUGGGCUUGCCCUCCAACUUGCGGGUCUUGGGCUGGGGCCUUUCUUUGGAGAGACCCACCAUGAUCAAGUAUGGCGUCUCCAACAUCAGGGAGUUGUUGGGCCACAAGGUCUCGUUGGACUUCAUAGAGACGAACCCGGCCGCCAGGUUGGACGAGGACUUGGUGGGCUGA